ACCUGAACAUGGCACAGGAAUGUUGUGACUAGGAUCAACAAAUAUGGAUUGGCUGGGUAACCAGAGAAGGAUCAGUGCUGGAGUACUGUCAAGAUGUUGCUCUUUGGAAGCAGUACAGAGGAGAUUACCAUUCAUAUCCUGGUUACCAAACUAUUCUCUGCAAUGGCUACAGCUUGAUAUCAUUGCUGGAUUUACAGUUGGACUUACAGUGGUGCCCCAGGCUCUUGCUUAUGCGGAGGUAGCUGGCCUACCUGUGGAGUUUGGGCUUUACUCUUCGUUUAUUGGAUGCUUUAUUUAUUGUCUGUUUGGGACAUCCAAAGAUGUAACGUUAGGUCCCACAGCCAUAAUGUCCCUCCUUGUGGCAAUCUACACCUCUGGUGACACAUCAUUGGCUAUUCUGUUGGCAUUCCUAUCAGGCUGCAUUCAGCUGGUUAUGGGGCUGUUAAAUUUUGGUUUUCUUUUAGAUUUUAUAUCCUAUCCUGUCAUCAAAGCCUUUACUUCAGCAGCAGCAAUUACUAUCGGCUUCAGCCAGGUUAAGAACCUUCUGGGUUUAAAGGAUAUUCCACGCCAAUUUGUCUUACAAGUCUAUGAAACAUUCCACAAACUUCCAUUGACCAGACUUGGGGAUGCCAUCCUUGGUUUUCUGUGUAUUGGCUUUCUUUUGGCACUUAAAUGGAUGAAGGACCAUUUCCCAAGAACAUAUAGAGGAAUGCCAAGAUGUUAUCGGUUGAGCUACAUCAUUAUUUGGGUAACUACAACAGCUCGCAAUGCAAUUGUGGUGGUGGCUGCAGGAUUGGUGGCCUAUUCAUUUGAAAUCAUGGGGCUGUCUCCUUUUGUCCUUACCGGAAAGACUGCAGAAGGCCUCCCUCAAUUCCAUCUGCCCCCCUUCUCCGAGGCUGUAGGUAAUCACACUAUUCCUUUCAGCGAGAUGGUGCAGAACAUUGGAGCUGGGCUUUUCAUCAUUCCACUGAUGGGAGUACUGGAGAGUGUUGCCAUUGCUAGAGCUUUUGCAUCUCAGAACAACUACAGAAUAAAUACUAACCAGGAGCUUCUAGCAAUUGGCCUUACAAAUAUUCUGGGCUCCUUCUUGUCAUCAUACCCUGUAACAGGCAGCUUUGGCAGGACAGCACUAAACUCACAGACUGGAGUGUGUACCCCAGCAGGUGGCAUCCUUACAGGACUGCUGGUUUUGCUUUCUCUUGGAUACCUCACUCCCCUCUUCUACUAUAUUCCCAAAGCAGCUCUCGCUGCAGUCAUCAUCUGUGCUGUGGCUCCUGUGUUUGAUUUGAGAAUCUGCAAAGACCUGUGGAAAGUAAAACGGAUUGAUCUACUUCCGUUUUUGGCCACUUUCCUUCUAUCCUUUUGGGAAAUCCAGUAUGGAAUUAUCAUUGGUAUUGGGAUAUCAAUCAUCAUCGUUUGUAUUCCAGUUGCACGACCACAGAUCAAGGUUACAGACACUGGCGGGUUAAAUAUGAUUCUGAUGAACGGGCUGAGUUUUCCAGCCAUGGAAUAUCUACGAGAUGCUAUUCAUAAACAAGCUUUUGAAGUUUCCCCACCAAGAUCACUAAUCCUUGAUUUCACACAUGUGAAUGUGCUUGAUUAUACUGUUGUUGUUGGACUUCGAGAACUAAUUCAUGAGUUCCAGUCUCAGGGGUUGUCACUUUCUUUCUCGGGGUUGCAGCCUGAGGUUCUUCAGAUUUUAUUAGCUGCAGAUUUGAAUGGAUUUAAACAUCUCCAGAGCAUGGGAUCAGGUAAUAUGAGG